AUGGAGCUGAGUGAGCUUGAGGAGCAGCUGCUCCGCUGUGCUAAAGAGGGCAAGUGUUCCCCUAUCCAGAGACUUCUGCAGCUGAGGGUUGGCCAAGACCACCGUGUCAACAUCAACUGCAGAGGCAAGUGAAAUUUCAGUGGAGGAUGGACGCCCCUCCAUUUGGCCUGCUAUUUUGGCCACAAGGAUGUUGUGGAGGAGUUACUAAAGGCUGGUGCUGAUGUAAAUUUGCAGGAUGACACUGGCGACACCCCUCUUCACAAAGCCGCCUCCACUGAAAAAAAGGAUGUUGUUCUGUUGCUGCUGCGAUACGACGCCUGCUCCAACAUAAUCAAUGGAACAGCCCAAAUCCCCAAAGACAUCACAGAGGAUGAUGAGAUCAGCACCAUGCUUGAGGCUGCAGCGAGAAGAGAGGCGAGACGUCAGGAGGAGAAGCUUCUGGGAGCAGCCAGAGAGGGAGACAUCUCCACCCUGUCCAAGCUGCUCAACGGGAAAAACGGUCCUGAUAUACACUGCAGGGAUUUGGUGGGUAAUACGCCCUUACACUGUGCGGCCUACAGGGGGCAGAAGCAGUGUGUUGUAAAACUGCUCAAGUCUGGAGCCAACCCCAGCAUCAAAAACAAGAAUGAGAAGACAGUGUUUGACCUGGCUGGUGAUGAACUGGGACAGAUUCUGGACGAGUGGCAAAAAAAAGAUAAGAGCAAUGCACUACAUAAGUUUGAAGGUCCUCUUUGGAAGCGUUCACGAUUUCUUGGCUGGCGCUCCCACUGGAUUGUUAUUGAGGAUGGAACUCUAUCCUGGUAUCCAAGACAAACUGAUGCACUGGCUGGCGUCAGGAAGCAGGGCUUCAAAUCUCUAACAAAAGCUUAUUACAUGAUCAAAUCAUGGGAUAAUUGCUUCUUCUCUCUCAAGUGCUUUGAUGACUCCGUCCAUCACUUUAAAGUCUCUUCGACGACUGACGCAGUGGCAACAAGAAAAAGAUGGCUGGAGGCUGUGGAGGAACAUUCGGCGUACAGCACCCACCAUUGUGCUCAGGAGCAGAUGCUAGAUGAUGAAGAGAGGGAUGAAAGCUGUUUGGCAGUGGGGAACCUGACACAGGCCCUUCAGACUGCCAAUGCCUGCCAACAGAAACUGGAGUGUGAAGUGUCCAUUUUUCUAUCAAUGGUAAAGAACGAGGAGAAUCAUGCACUAGCUGCUGCUCUUCUGCUGAAAGCCAAAGAGACCAGUGAACUCUCCAGUGAGACCUGCACCGCCCUCCAACGCUGCCUUGGACUGUUGUCCAAACAGGAGGAGGUGUGGAGCCUGAAGCUAGAGCAGGAGGCUGAGAAGAACAAGGCUUUAACGGAAGCCCUGCACACCUUGGCAACUGAGCACCACGAACUUGAGCAACGCCUCUGUAAGGGCGGGAGGUCCCCCACCCUCAACGAGGAUGACUUCUAUGACGCCGUGUCAGAGUCCGAGUCCGAGCUCUCUGUGAGUGGCUUUCUGUCCGUGGCCAGCCACUCCUGCGAAGAGGACGAGGGGAGAGACACCCCCCGCUUCAUCAGCUUCCACCAUCCCGACGCCCUCAGGGAGCCGACCAGAAUGUCUGGGGACGGGAACCAUGGCAACCAACCUGCCCAGUGCAACGGAUACAAGAAGCACAGGACAGCUCUGCCGGCUCCCAUGUUCGCCAGGAAUGACAUCAGCAUCUGGAGUAUCCUGAAGAAAUGCAUUGGCAUGGAACUGUCGAAGAUCGCGAUGCCUGUGAUAUUUAAUGAGCCCCUGAGCUUCCUGCAGCGCCUCACGGAGUACAUGGAGCACACCUACCUCAUUCACCAAGCCAAUGCCUCCACAGACUCUGUGGAGAGGAUGAAGUGUGUAGCAGCGUUUGCCGUAUCUGCUGUAGCAUCACAAUGGGAGAGGACUGGGAAGCCUUUCAACCCGCUGCUGGGAGAGACUUAUGAGCUGAUCAGAGAGGACUUGGGUUUCAGGUGGAUGUCUGAGCAAGUGAGCCACCACCCUCCUGUCAGUGCCUUCCAUGCUGAGGGCUUGAAGGAGGACUUCCUCUUCCAUGGCUCCAUCUAUCCCAAGCUCAAAUUUUGGGGAAAGAGCGUAGAAGCCGAGCCCAAAGGGAUCAUCACUCUUGAGCUGCCUAAGUAUAAUGAAGCGUACACCUGGACUAACCCGACCUGCUGUGUCCACAACAUCAUUGUCGGCCAGCUUUGGAUCGAGCAGUAUGGAAAUGUGGAAGUGCUAAAUCACAAGACCGGGGAGAGAUGCUGCCUGACGUUCAAGCCCUGUGGCCUCUUUGGCAAAGAGCUUCAUAAAGUGGAGGGCUAUAUCCAAGACAAGAGCAAAAAGAAACUCUGCGCAAUCUAUGGCAAAUGGACUGAAAGCUUGUAUAUGGUUGACCCUGCCACCUUCGACGCCCACAAGAAGGCCGACAAGAAGAACGCUGAGGAAAAGAAAGGCCGCAAACAGAGCAGUGUGGAUGAGGAGCCAGAGGAGAUGCCUCCCCCUGACACAGAGACUGUCCAAGUGAUCCCAGGCAGCGAGCUCAUAUGGAGGAUAGCCCCUCGACCAGAGAACUCAGCCCAGUUCUACGCUUUCUCCACAUUUGCCAUGCAGCUGAAUGAGCUGGAGGCGGGUAUGGAGACAGCCAUCCCUUCCACAGACUGUCGGCUCAGACCCGACAUUCAUGCCAUGGAGAAUGGAGAUAUAGAUCUGGCAAGUGCAGAGAAAAAGAGGUUGGAGGAAAAACAGAGAAUGGCCAGGAAAAAUCGUUCCAAAUCAAGUGAUGAAUGGAAAAUAAGGAACCCUGCGCUUGGCCCAAGGUGGUUUCACCAGGGACCCAAUCCCUACAACAAAGCUCAGGACUGGCUCUACUCAGCAGGCUACUGGGACAGAAACUACGCUCACCAGCCCGACAUCUACUAA